CUCUCUAACCCUGUUUAACCAAAUUUGAUAUGGAAUUUGAUAAUAUCAAUGACUUGUCCUUGAAGGUCGAAAAUGGCGUCCAGGCUGUGUCAAAUUUUGAGACCAGUUGUUUCUAAUUUGUCUAAGAAUCCAGUUUUUCAGAGACAAGUUUUAGCAUCAGCAGUGUGUCGCCUUCAAUCAACUCAGGUUACCAAAAGUGAGAGUAUUAAACCUACAGUUAGACCAGAAAAUCCUGUAUUGAAAAAAACCCUUUCUGAUUUUGGUGCUUAUUGCGGAGAAUGCUUGCCAAAAUAUAUUCAGACAGCUCAAGUUACUUCUGGUGAUGAAUUGGAAUUGUUAAUUCACCCAGAAGGCAUUGUCCAAGUCGUAACUUUUCUUAAAGAUCAUCAUAAUGGCCAAUUCCUGAACAUAGUAGAUAUAGCUGGUGUGGAUGUUCCUACAAGACAAUAUAGAUUUGAGAUAGUAUAUAUGUUUUUAUCACUGAGUUAUAAUUCUCGUAUUAAAGUCAAGACAUACACAGAUGAAUUAACACCUGUAGAUUCAAUAUGUUCUGUUUUUGCUGGUGCCAAUUGGUAUGAAAGAGAGAUAUGGGAUAUGUAUGGUGUAUUCUUUGCAAAUCACCCUGAUCUGAGGAGAAUUUUAACAGAUUAUGGAUUUGAGGGUCAUCCCUUCAGAAAAGAUUUCCCUCUAUCAGGAUAUGUUGAGGUGAGGUAUGAUGAAGAAGUAAAGAGAUGUGUUGUAGAGCCAAUUGAAAUGACACAAGAAUUUAGGAAGUUUGAAUAUACCACACCAUGGGAAACUUUUAAUACAUUUCGCACAUCUAAUGAAGAAGCAGACGCAUUAGCCCCACCAGAAUCUGAAUUGAAACCAGAAACAAAAUAAGCUUAAUUUAUGUGAUAAAAUUUAAAUAGACAAAACCUGUUAAUAAUUACUGACAUUGUUUGGAACAUCUGAUUUGUGCUAUACAUAUUUAAACUGUUAUUGUAGAGGAAUGUAAAUAAAUAUCAUCUAGAGAA